GGCUUUCGAGAGAAAGCCAAGAUAGCAAGAGAGUCCACGGCUGAAAUAGCGAAAUGCCCUCCACAACCACGGCGCCGGAGACCGAUCCUAGCAAGACCGUCGUCGAGGAGGUCACCGGCUGGCUCCGCCUCUACUCCGACGGCACAGUCGAGCGGCUGACACCACCGGACGCGGAGCCCUUCACCGUCAUCGUCCCGCCCUACACCGAGCCGCGCAAUGGCGUCACCGUGCACGACGUCACCACGGCCAGGGGUGUAGACGUCCGCCUCUACCUCCCGGCCGAGCCGCCGGCAGCCGCGCCCCGGCCACGGCGGCGUCGUCCUCUCCUCCUUCACCUCCAUGGUGGUGGGUUCUGUCUAUCGCGUCCAUCGUGGGCGCUCUACCACAACUUCUACGCCCCGCUUGCUGCCAAGCUCGAUGUCGCCGGCAUCGUCUCCGUCUUCCUCCCACUCGCGCCGGAGUACCGCCUCCCUGCCGCCAUUGACGCUGGCCAUGCCGCGCUUCUCUGGCUGCGGGACGUCGCUUGCGGCGAUGAAGGAAACCUUGAUCCGGCGGUGGAACGCCUACGUGACGAGGCCGACUUCUCGCGCGUGUUCCUCAUCGGCGACAGCUCCGGCGGCAACCUCGUGCACCUCGUCGCGGCACACGCGGCGGCGAAGGAUGACGGCGCGGGGGCUGAUCUCCACGCGGUGAGGCUCGCCGGCGGGGUACUUCUCAAUCCGGGCUUCGCUCGUGAGGAGAAGAGCCGGUCGGAGCUCGAGAACCCGCCGAGCUUGUUCCUGACGGAGGACAUGGUGGACAAGCUCCUGGCGCUCGGUGUACCAUUGGGGAUGAACAAGGACAGCCCGUACACGUCGCCGUCGCUGGUGGCGGAGGCCGUGGCGCGCUUGCAUAUGCCGCCGAUGUUGCUGGUGGUGGCGGAGAAGGACUUGCUCCAUGACCCCCAGGUGGAGUACGGCGAGGCCAUGGCGCGCGUCGGGAAGACGGUGGAGACGGUGGUGAGCCGGGGCGCGGUGGCGCACGUCUUCUAUCUCAACUUCUUCGCCGUGGAGUCCGAUCCCCUCACGGCGGAGCGGACAAGGGAGCUCAUCGACACCAUCAAGACAUUUAUCGACAGAUACUGAUUCUCCCUAAAUCCUAAUAGCAAUUUGCAAUGAAGAUCAUGCAUGCAUGUCCUGUGAGAUAAUUGGCAUGUGCAGAGUGCAGCUAUCUUUUAGCCAUGCACUGGUCCAUCUCCAUCCGUGCAUGGAUGUAUGUUGUGUUCAGUUUCUGCAUGUUUGUUACACCUAGUUUGAUCGGUUUGGUGAAUGUUUUCUAGUUGGGUUCAAACUUCCCUGUUAAAUUUCCUGCGUGAAUAAAAUAGAGCAUACUCAGUAUGCAUGAGCAUAUUGGCAUCCAA